AUGUCUGGUCAAGACAUUCAUCCAAACAAAUUCGGUGAGUUGCGAAGUAUCUACAAAUAUCAUAUCGAUUUAUAUAAUGCGUUGUAUCAGCUUAAAACGGAAAAUGAAGAAGAAUUAAGCUUGAUUUACAAAAAGAUCAUAAAAGAAUUGAUUGAUUCAAAGAAAUUCCUUCCUCACAAAAUUGUAGUAGACAUUUUAAAUAUCAUUCCAUAUAAUAACCGUUAUUCAAAGUCAUAUUUGACUCUUUCGAAACUAAUAAUUGAUGAAUAUCAUAUAAAGGAGGUCAACAGUAUUCCAUUCAUUUCCAACUUCCUGUUUAAUAAAGAAUAUGGAAUUAAAAUAGACAAGUAUGGAGGAUUCGAAAAAAUUAAAUCAGAAGAUUUCAUUAUUCAUACAGCAGACACAAUUUACAGGGCAAUUAUGAAUAAUGAUAAAGAAAAAUUUGUCGUAUUUAUCGAAAGUGAAUGUUUUGAUGAGGAUCAAAAACUUCAAAGCGAAUUAUAUCCGAGUUCUAAGAAAGGAUAUUCAUUACUUGAAAUAUGUUGUUAUCAUGGAGCAGUUGAUUGUUUCAAGCUAUUAAGAACGAAAUUCAGUUCAGAAAUAACUGAAACAUGUCUCAGAUUUUCAUUUUUAGGAGGAAAUCCAGAGAUAAUGAGUGAAUGCUUGAAAUAUAAGAAACCAGAUAAUGGAUCAAUGGAAUAUGCAAUUAUUUCACACAACAUUGAUUUUGUUACAUUCUUGAUGAAUGAGUACAAUAUAAAGGUUAAUUUAUUUCAAUGUGGACUUUACAAUAAUCUUGAAUCAUUUUUAGUUUAUUUCGAUCAAACUAAUGAUAUAAAUAAAUGUUUUAAUUAUUCAACAAUGUUUGGGAUCCCAACACUUUGUGAAUAUUUCCUUUCACUUGGUGCAAAUAUCAAUGAAAAAGAUCAAUUUGGGCGAAAUGCUCUUCAUUAUACAGCAGAUAAUUUUGGAAAAGAAAUAACUGAACUUCUUAUUUCACAUGGUAUAAAUAUCAAUGACAAAAAUAAAUUAGGACACACAGCUCUUCAUCGCGCAGCAGAAUAUAAGAGUAAAGAAACUGCAGAACUUCUUAUUUCGCAUGGUAUAAAUAUCAAUGAAAAAGAUGAAGAUGGAGAAUCUGCUCUUCAUGUUGCAGCAAUGAAUAAUAGUAAAGAAACUGCAGAAGUUCUUAUUUCGCAUGGUGCAAAAAUUAAUGAUAAAAAUGAGAAUGGACAAACCGCUCUUCAUAUUGCAGCAGAAUGUAACAGUAAAGAAACGGCUGAAUUUCUUAUUUCACAUGGUGCAAAUAUCAAUGAAAAAGAUAAAUAUGGAAAAACCGCUCUUAAUGUUGCAGCAUUGAACAAUAGUAAAGAAGCUGCAGAAGUUCUUAUUUCACAUGGUGUGAAUAUCAAUGAAAAAGAUAAAUAUGGAAAAACCGUUCUUCAUGUUGCAGCAGAAUAUGAUAGUAGAGAAACGGCUGAACUCCUUAUUUCACAUGGUGCAAAUAUCAAUGAAAAAGAUAAAUAUGGAAAAACCGCUCUUCAUAUUGCAGCAGAAUGUAACAGUAAAGAAACGGCUGAACUCCUUAUUUCACAUGGUGCAAAUAUCAAUGAAAAAGAUCAAUAUGGACAAACCGCUCUUCAUAUUGCAGCAGAAUGUAACAGUAAAGAAACGGCUGAACUCCUUAUUUCACAUGGUGCAAAUAUCAAUCAAAAAGAUGAAUCCGAUAUAUAA